AUGGAGAGGCCGCCAAAUGUCCCCAAUGUCCCCAAGUCCCGUAUGCCAUUAUGGCUCGGGUUGGCAGCCCUAGGUGCUGGUGGCUACUAUCUGUACUCUGCUGGAGGUGACCCAAAGAAGGCCACCCGGAAGCUCGAGAGCGAUGCCUCCCGAGCACUCCAUGGCGGCAAACCAACGGGCAGCACAAGCGCUGAGAGGACUGCUGCACAGGCCGGUGCCAAGCUCGAUGAUGCUUAUGACAACGUACGAGACACAGCAAAGAAGUUCGACGAGGGAGCCGUCGAGCGGGCGAAGCAGGGCAUGGAUAAGAUCGAUAAGGCCACGCAUGAGACUGCAAAGGGCCUCUCUAGCAAAAUAGAGGCCUUCGACAAGUCCGUUGAAGAGAAGGCCGCCGAGGCCAAGAGUGGUCUCUCGUCGUGGCUGGGUGGUAGCAAGAAGUAG